GUUCUCUUGGGAUGUCAGCAUGGCGGCGUUCGCAGAUUUGGAUCUAAGAGCGGGCUCAGACCUGAAGGCUCUGCGCGGACUCGUGGAGACCGCUGCUCACCUGGGAUACUCAGUUGUUGCCAUCAAUCACAUUGUUGACUUUAAGGAAAAGAAAAGGGAAAUUGAAAAGCCAGUAGCAGUUUCUGAGCUCUUCACAACUUUACCAAUUGUACAGGGAAAAUCAAGACCAAUUAAAAUUUUAACUAGAUUGACAAUUAUAGUUACAGAUCCGUCUCACUGUAAUGUUUUGAGAGCAACUUCUUCAAGGGUCCGGCUGUAUGAUAUUGUUGCAGUGUUUCCAAAGACAGAAAAACUUUUUCAUGUUGCUUGUACACACUUAGAUGUGGAUUUAAUCUGUAUCACUGUAACAGAGAAAUUACCAUUUUACUUCAAAAGACCUCCUAUUAAUGUGGCGAUCGAGCGAGGCCUGGGCUUUGAGCUGGUCUAUGGUCCUGCUAUCAGAGACGCAACCAUGAGAAGGUACACAAUCUCCAAUGCCCUCAAUCUGAUGCAGAUCUGCAAAGGAAAGAACGUAAUUCUGUCCAGUGCUGCAGAAAGGCCUUUGGAAAUAAGAGGACCAUAUGACGUGGCCAACUUAGGGCUGCUGUUCGGGCUGUCCGAAAAUGAAGGCAAGGCUGCCGUGUCCACAAACUGCCGAGCUGCAUUUCUCCAUGGAGAAACUAGGAAAACUGCUUUUGGAAUUAUUUCUACAGUGAAGAAGCCCCGGUCAUCAGAAGCAGAGGAUGAAUCUCUUCCAGCGUGCAAGAAAGCUAAACAUGAGGGCUGAGAGACGGCCUGAGUCUCCGUCACGCUGCUCCUUCCCUCACAGCUCAUCAGUCACUGCAAAUACACUCCGCUCCGCUGAUGUUUUCACUAAACUAGAAACCAAGUCUAUAAAAACAGCUUCAUAUUCAGACCAUUAAAACAGCAAAUAAAACCCAGUGAAGCAUUUUUAAAGACUAACGAGUAAUUUAGAUAUACUUUUAAAAGAAAAACUAUUUUAUUAUCCUUCAUGUGAGUAAUGAAUAGCAGUAGGUGCACUGAAACGAGAUGUCUCGAUAUUGUAAAAUAUUGAAAAAUAAUAAAUUAAUGUUUUUUGUUCUUGG